UGCACCUCUGUCCGCUAUGUCGAUGGUGAUAGGGCGACGCUUGAGCACCAUCAUCAACUUGCGUAAGCCAUAAGAGCCAUUGAAAGUGCCCCCUCCCUGGAUAUUAUGUAGAGCGUACAUCUGUUAUAAACACAGGUGCAUCAACUCACUGGACAUUACACUGUCUAAGACUGUCUAAUCAUAUCGCUAGGAUGUGUGACAAAACGGUAUGGAAAUCAUUAAUUUUGGCGGCGAUGGCGGCGUGCGUACUCGCACGGCCAGAGCCGCCUUCUUCAUACGGGCCACCUUCAACUUCGUACGGAGUUCCUGCACCUCAGUAUGGACCACCUCAGCAGCCAAUUGUUCAUAAACAUGUAUACGUACAUGUGCCGCCGCCGGACAAUGAGCCGCCGGCCUAUCGCAAGCCUAUCUACGUACCGCCGCCCCAAAAGCACUACAAGAUUGUAUUUAUUAAGGCACCCACUCCACCUACCCCGAUCGCUCCGGUGAUCCCAGUGCAACCGCAGAACGAAGAGAAGACACUCGUGUAUGUGUUAGUCAAGAAGCCUGAAGAGCAACCCGAUAUUGUUAUUCCGACCCCCGCACCAACACAGCCGUCCAAACCAGAGGUCUACUUCAUCAGAUACAAGACGCAGAAACAAGAGGGAUACCCUGACGCAGCACCGCCCGCGCAACAGUAUGGACCGCCAGUUUCUGCUCCCUCUUCGGAAUAUGGUGCACCUUAAAAUGGAUGAUGAUUUCAAACGUUACCCUGAUUUCGUUCCCUACCGGAAUUGUUGAGCAGUAUACUUUAUAAUAGUACAUUUUUAUUCUUGAGGCCUUUGUACACUAUUACCUACUCGAGGAGGCACAAUAAGCUGUCGGUCCCACAACCAAUGUGCUAGAGUUCUGACCUCAGAUUUCUGCAACCCAUCAAUGAAAAUAUAGGUGGGUACUCAACUAUUGAUCAGGAAUACAAAAUACUUAUAUUUAGAUCGCGAACGUCAAAAUAUAAGAAACUAAUUACGUGAUAAAUCUGAAUACAGAAUUAGGAACUCUAAACUCUAAAGAUAGAGCACUAAACUGUGGGAUGUGGAAGCGACCCCCAGCAACUUUGUGAGUUGUAUUUUUCUGGUUUUUUAGUCCCUAUUAUAGUGUGCGAUGACCUUAUAAGGGUAGGCCUAGUUUGUAGGUGUGUUGAAAAGAAUCUGCGUAUCUAUUACAAACUGUAAAAUCGUAAUAAAAGGAGAAUGAAAGCCUUAUUUUUCUCUUAAUAUGUAGGUAUAU